CUGGGCAGCAGUUUGGCCGCUGCACUGCAAGCACAGCAGAGACCAGUCCAUCCCUCCAUAAUGCUCCGCAGGCGCCGAAGGAGAAGAAACAAGAAGAAGCUGACUAUCUAGAAUAUAAGGAUGUUCACGUACUACCAGAACUUGAACGCGCGGCGCGAAGAGAACGAGCUGCAGCGCGAGGCCGAGUCGACGGGCCACGACCGCUUCUGCCAGUCGCGGCCCGGCGGCGUGACGACCCGGCGCAAGCGACGGGGCCUGACGAGCCGCAGGACCCAGAGCGCCAUCGAGAUCGAGUGCAACAACGACGCCUUCGCCUCGGUCCGCAGUGUCCUGUUGAGCAAGGAGAAGAGCGCCAGCAUCGAGGAGGACGAGAGCACGCCGGCGGCGGCUGCGGCGGCGGCGGUCUACUCCGACGAGCAGCUCGAGAACAACAAGGGCUACUAUCAGCUAUCCAGCAAGAUUGACAGCCUCGCCAAGUUACUCUUCAACCGGGUCCACGCUGUCAAGGCUGGCUACAACAGGGCCGAGAACGACGCGCAAAGAAACAAUGGGCGUCAGCAGUACACGGCACUGGAGCAGCAGCGUCUCAGCAACGGAGCUGGAGGCUACUCCGCGGAGAGCGUGGAAAUGGAGAAAAGAUCGAGAGAUCGUGCUCUAUCGAUCUGUCGUAUCUACACUCGAGAAACUCCGCGCUACAGCCUCCUCAAGCAUCUCAACAACGUCGUACUCGCUCUAUUGUUCCCGCUGCAACAAGGAUCGCGCAUGGACAAGCACUGGUUCGUCGUGCGAGACAGUCUGCUGAAGACGGAGCGCUUAUUAACCCUGGCCCCGCUGAACCGCAACUGUCAGCUCAGCCUCGGGCCCUCGACGCGCGACGUCCUCAACAAGCUCUUCCUCGCGCUCCAGCACCCCUACGUCUGUCCGAUCCUCGACCUCGAGUUCGUCAAGCACGAGAGCCAGGAUUACGCGGUCCUCGUCCAGCCGAUCAAUCAGGGCAGCUUGAAGGACAUCAUUUACGGAAUCGAGCGAAACUGCUGGAACGAGGACUGGUCGCAAAAGUACGGCAGUCGCGGCAAGGGCCUGCCGGUCUCCCAGAUCCAGCGGAUGGGCCGACAGGUGCUGGAGGCUCUGGUCUUCUUGAAGGAACGCGACUUUCCCGCCGUCGGCGCUCACCUUCAUUCGGGCAACGUCAUCGUGCAAAACGGCGUGGCGAGACUCGCGGCUCUGGAAAACAAUCUGCUCGGCUUCACUAGCAGAAUUCAUCCUAUCAUAACGGGCAAUAACGGCUGCAAGAAGCAGUCCGUCGAUACCGUUUGCUUCGGUCACAUGCUCUUUGAAAUGACCGCCGGCUACGAGCUCUGCACAUUCGAACCGACUGCUGAAAAUCUUUCCGAUAUCCAAAAAUAUCCACAGGUAUUGGAAUGUCUAAGAUUUAUAUUUGAGCGACAAAUACUGCACGGAUCUAGAUAUCCCACUUUAGAAGAACUAAUAUUCCAUGAUCUGUUUCGUAACAUUGAUCUCCGAGAACUGCGGAACGCUUCGGUGAAUAUUUUCCGUCCAGACACUACGAUACCAAUAUCGAAAAUACUCGAGGGCAUAAAGUGCAGUCAGCAGCGGGAAACGCCCGUCAAACGCCGAUAUAGAUCUGCACAUUCAGCAGCAGCCUCGAAACGUUAUUGGUGAUAGAUUGUCAGAAAUAGAUGCUGAGGACAUGAUAUCCCUGAGUAGCCCCGAAAGUGAACGCAGUGAAAACGGUUCAUUGCUUGCUCAAAUAUACAAAGAACUUUCCAUCACGUCCGUCUAAUAUAAAUUUAAAUGAAUUAUUAUAAACAUGGGAAAUGUCUUUUUAAUAAAACAAACACUGGAAAUUAAAAAAAGGAAAUUAAUUUUAUACAUUUGUUGAAACCUUGUUUACAUAAAAAUAUCGAGAAAUAAACUUACACUAACAAUGUGAAAAAUGAUGCUUGUCAUCGUCGUCGUCGUCGUCGUCGUGGUCAGGUAUUCAAAUGCAUGCCUGAUUUCUUUUAAAAUCUAAGAUAUUGAACCU